CAGGCGCCGUGAAGGCAGAAUCGUUCACCAGGUUACCUCCUGUCAUACAUCCUGCCUCGAUAAGCGAAACUCACCUCAACAGCGCUGAAUGUGUUCCCAAUGUCACUGCAGCUGCGGCGUCUGAAGGAAACUUUGAAGAAGGUAGUGAAGCUGAUUCUGGUGAUGACGAUAGCGAAAAGCUGCUACAGCACCUGGCCAAUCGGCACUACUAUAGCUACACGGCAGCUCUUGGAGUUACAGUUGGUGUUGGGUGCCUCUUGCUAGUCUUAAAUAUGCUCAUAUUCGCCGGAAUCUAUUACCAGAGGGAGAGAGAUAGACGGAGAGGACAACCACAUAAUCGCAGUUCCAGAUCAAACUCUACCCCAUCAACAGAAGCCAUCCCUAUGUCUCAGCGCCCGUCAACGCCAGGAAGCUCAGCUCGUCAAUCUCCGAUUGCCACCAAGAAAGAAAAACACGAUCUGCCCCCCUCUUAUAACACCAUACCUAACAGCCUAUCAAUAGGCGACUUCUCUCCCCACCACAGUGCACAUGGUACGUUGAGAAGGGAGAAACCACCCCCUCCCCAAAGGACGUCCAGCAAUCCCCAGGGUGGUACGAUCAAGAAGAGGGUCCAAAUUCAGGAGAUAUCUGUAUAGCAUAGAGACGCAGGGGGUGCUGGUGCAUCCCCUAGAGGAGUUAGAGCUUCACCCAAUGAUCAGAGGUCGUUCAACACUCUUGCCAAAAGCUCGGCGACGUCUCCCCGAAAAUCUCCGAAGCCGGACCUGACUCCAGAAUUUGAAUGCAUGGAGCAAUGUGAUUUAGUGUCCGUGCAGUUAUGACGGUUCGAUCCGAAAUUCGUGAUUGUGGCAGACGAUGACGUCAUGGUUGUACAUAAAUUUUAGCUAUAACUGUAUCAAUCUACAAUAUGUGGUGAUUGAAGUAUGCUCACUCUAUCACCUAAAAUGGAUUAAUUAUUACGCGAUCCCUAUAGAUACAGGGCGUUUCAGAAAGGUCCCCAGUAUUUAUUUUUUGAGCGGGUCAAGUUAGCGAACUGAAAUUCGGAAUGAUGAACGUGACUUAGACGAGAAAUUCGAGAUGUCAACUGGGCACCAUCAUGUAAAAUUUUUGUAAACGAUAAGGGGGUCUUGUGAUACCUACCUUGUUAAAGAAUGGAGGCCUGACAGGCUGUAAAAGUUGAGUAUCUCUGUAUAUUGAAUCGCUUAUAACCCGACAACUUAUGUGGAAUGAAAUAUGUGAUAUUUAAUUUAAAAAAAAAUGGCAGAUCUUGACAGUUUUUUGAAAUGUUUCAUAUUUGAUUAUAAUAUCCUGAUAGACCCUAUCAAAAUAAGAGAACUAAUAAUAAUAAUAAUUUCAAUAAUAAUAUUUAUUCACUCAAUGUACAAAAAACAACAUGAGUAAAUAAAUAUAAAAUAAAAAAAGGUCCGAUAGGGGGCAUUGCCUCGCAUGGACCACCAAUUUCAAGCUGUAACUUAUAACAUAUUAUAGAAAAAGGAUUAUGCAUUUACUUGAUGUUCGUAUGUAUGAGUUUAUGAAUGUCGGUCCUAGAUAUAUGUAGCCACUUUUCCAAGUUUCUUUUGAAAUAAUUUCCGAAAUGUCAAUCUUUUAAAUCUUUAGGUAUAAUUUCAUACAAUUUUGGCGCUAAAUAGAGAUAUGACCCCUGCAUUAUAGAUUUAUGUGGCUGAGAAACUACCGUGCCACGAAUUUUGUACCCUGUAUAAUGAUUAUUUUUAGUUUUUCGAUCGGUGCAGACAAAUUUAUGGUAGUGAGCGAAAAUGUGUAAGAAUUAAAGCUUUCUUAUGUCAUACAUUUGCACAUGUACGUAUAAUUCAUUAGUGGAAAGUUUCAGUUUCAACAUCAUUUUAGAAUACUUUUUCUGAAAAAUGUCUAAAUUAUAGAUACUUACGCGAUGAACAUGCAGCUCCCCAUGGUAAUAUACCAAAUACGAGAUGAGGCUUAAUCAGUGUAUGGCAUAAUGUACGAAUAUACCUUUCUAUAACAUACUGUGACCAAUAGCGCCAUCUGUUGGGCGAGUCUCCUACUCGCCAGAGCUUAAUUGCCGAUCUCUGCUUUUACACGACCGCACAAGCCGCCUGGCGGCGUCUGUGAGGACCGUGACAGUGGAACGCCUUCUAGAUCGACGCGAAGUGAUCUCCAACAUUCUAGAUGUCGCUUUGUGAUCUUUCUCGAAGCGGUAAUUGGGACUAUAUAUAACUCAGCAGCCGGGAGAUGGGGGAUAGUACUGCAUACGAUAGAGUAGCAGAGUGGAGUGAAGUAUAGUGCAGUCAAUGGUGACAUAAGAAUUAGUCAGACAUAAAUAGUGGCGCAUAUAAAUGUUUUAUCAAAUUAAAUAAAUUAGUGCAUUUCUUUUCGUGGAAUCCAGUAUUUUAAUCCACACCCAAAAGAACCCAGAAAAACGCUGCAAUACCUAUCCGUUUUGAUCAUUAGUUGGUGAGUUAUAAAAGACUCAAUGCACAAAAACGCGCAACUUUAACAGCCUAUCAGUACGAGAUUUUCAAGGAUUGUGAUUUCACAUGACCCCCACACCAUUAAAUAAAAGUUCCAAAAUGGCGUCUUGUCAGCAUCUUGUAAUUUUCAAGUACGCUAAAAUAUAGUACUCAUUCAAUAAUUCCACUACCCUGAAUUCUCUAGCUUGUUAACUUGAUCCGUUCGAAAAAGAAGUAGAUGAGAGGACCUUUUGAAAAGCACUGUAGAGAUAUUGAGUUCAUAUGAUAACAAAUAUGAGGCACAUAGAAUAAUAAUGGUAUAAAUCCACUCUUUUGAAAAUUCGCGCCAUUCACAUAAAAGGUAUCAAUCUACCUAGAUCUAUCAGUAUGAAGCUCGUCUAACUCCUUGUUUCAGUCGGUCAAUAGAUGGCGUCAUCAUAUUCUUAUUAUGAUUUGAAUUCAAUAUAGCUCACUGAAAAAACGGUAUAAUCAUGCAUUCAGGAUAAUACUGGAACAUCUGAGGAGUUAGACCACUAUUAUUCUAUGUGUCUUAUAUGCCGUAAGGUCUGGAAACGUUAUGCAAUAUUUUUUAACUGUGGAUUGCGAGAACAGUGUUAAGGGACUGUCAACCGACGCUCGGACCGGAUUCUGUCGACAUUUUCAUCGGUUCUUGAAGACCGCUUCGUGGUUUAUCUUCCUCUCUCCCUUCUGAAAAUGCCUUAAACCACCGAAAACCUGGGCUCUUGAAGAAACACUACCUCCGUAGGCCUGCUUACCAAGAGUUUCCUUUGCACUGUGCCCACAUUUUUUGCACACAGAUGAAACUCACAAAAAAAACGCUACGGACAACCAAAUGACUCGAGCUAGUUCAACCUUAUAGGGAAGGUGGAUCGCGUAAUCCCCAGUCUCCCUUCCAAGCCCAACACAUCCAGUGUUGUCAGACCAAACGCUGCGUUGCCAGUCUCUUCACUUAAUUUGUAGACCUCGUAUGCCGGGCAAAACAAAUACGUGUUUAGCAUGAGACAAUUUAGCCGUCGAUGCCGGCAACAAAAGAAAAUUAGUAGAGAUGUUUUUGACUUGAUUAACCAAAAUUCAGGAGCAAAUCUAGCCAUGUGAGCUAAAUGAAUCAACUAUGAGUUCAAGCGAUAAGAUCACAACAAAGGUCUGUAGUAUAGCUUGUCGUCACACCCCAACAGUAGUCCUGACAGAAAAUACGAUUUUGUUAUCUACCAUUCAAGUUAUGAAUUGAAUUUUCUACGACAAAAGUGUUGGACAUGAUUUGCUCGACAUGUCAUGAAUCAUUAUAUUCUAUCGAAAUUCAGUCUUGCUAGGUGAUUCUCAAUUUUUGCUACUUUCAUGACAUCUGGACAUCAGUAACUCUCUAUUAUCUAUUACGAGCAAGAUACUAUAGUCAAAAUCACGAAAGAUGACUAUUACGUCAUACCAUAAAUUGUACUGAAGUAUCAAUGGACGUACGUCGAUCAUAAAAUCACGGUGUCAGGAAUAUAAUGACAACAAACUUAUAUUAUGAUUCGCGAAGUUAGGUUAUUUUACAGAUUAUUUUUAUUUUCACUUUAUUUCAUGGUUUUGAGUGAUACCUUAAUAAUACAUAAUUUUAUUAGGGAGUUUUUGUUUUGAAAAAAAAACAGUUAUGAGUAUAAUACCUCAAGACAGGAACACCAAAGACCAAAGUAUUAUUCGAAAACAACCUAACCUGCUUUAACAUAACCUAACUAUUCAUCUUAGAAAUAUCAUCGAUCAUGCAACAUGAAAACAUCGUCUAUCUUUGUCGGAUACAUGCAAAUUAGCAAUACAGUUUGUUUAGACAAUAAAAUUACGUUUGUCUCUGUCUAGCAUAUUCUGAAACUUCAAAAAUAUUCACAAAUCGCUGUCGUUUGGCUUUACUACAUACUGAAAUGAUGACGUAAUCGUCAUCUUUCGUGAAUUCGACUACAUGCACUGUAAAAUCGUUUGGUGGAAAGCUUCGAUGCCGAUUGUAGUACUCCUAAACUCCUAACACACAACGGAAUCUUCCUCACUGGACUGACAGAUAUGUGUCUAAGCGGAAUACGUUUCAAGUGGCUUUUUGCAGUACUUUUUGUAAAACUGCUUGGAAUGGCAUUUGCAUAAAGCGGAGGUGUCUAACCGCAUCUGUAAAAAAGUUUUCAGCAGAUGUAGAGCUGUACAGUUUUAGGGGUGGUGGCUCAAAUAUCCAUCACUUCAGACAUCGUUUGUUAGAAAUAUGAGAUACAUGAAAAUUAAAAACUGUCCCUAAGCAAUUAAAAAAGGUUGUAAAUCAUAGACGUAAGAAAUAUGUGUAUUUGUACAUAUGGACAAUAUUAACUAUGAUAACGAACAGAAGCAUCUAUGUUAAGAUCGGUGUAUCUAAAUGUACGCAAAAAUUGGGGUCAGUCAUACUUAUUAUUCAUGGAUGGUUAAAGAUUUUGAUAGGCUGGAGGGUUACAAAAUCAGAUUCAGACAUAAAAAGCGAGAUGCAUCACAAGCUGAAAUCUUCUGCAAGUAGGGGCGUAUUUACAUGCCCG